CUGGAAAAUUCAAUCAAAUCAAUUUACUAAGUAGUACAAGUUACAUUUUUAUUAGCUUAAAACGUUUUUAAUAUUUUUAUUUAAAUGGCGAAGUGGGGUGAAGGUGAUCCUCGUUGGAUUGUUGAGGAGCGUCCAGAUGCUACAAACGUUAAUAACUGGCAUUGGACAGAGAAAAAUGCUACUCCAUGGUCGAAGGAUAGAUUUCAUCAUCUAUUUAAAAAUUUAACGAUAGAUGAUAAAAAUAUAAGUUGCACAAUUGAAUCGGUAGAGAAAUGCUCUGGUGAAGCCACUGCAAAUAAUCGAAAAGGAAAGCUUAUAUUUUUCUACGAAUGGGAUCUUCUUCUUAAAUGGAAAGGUUGUUUGUUAAACCCAAAUUCAUCUUUACAUACAGGAAAAAUUUCAAUACCUAACUUGUCGGAGGAAAACGAUUUAAAUGAUAUUGAAAUAACUGUUACUAUUGAUGAAUCUAAUGAUACGUCGGAAAAUUUAAAACAGUUUAUGUACAAUGUUGGAAGGGAAAAAAUUCGACAUAUAUUGGGCGUUUACAUUACUGAGCUCAAAGAAGAAUAUUCUAAAAAUUUAAUUUUGCCUAAAAAAGAUAAUGUGGCUACAAUUAAGUAUAGAGAAUUUGCAAAUUUAAAUCAAUAUGAACCACAAAAAUCGGAAAUAAGUUCAGUUUCAUCAUUAGGAUGUAAAUUAGAUGUUUGCACAAUAUCAAUUGAAGAAGAUUUCCAGUGCUGUGCUAAUGAUUUAUAUAAUGUACUAACAAAAUCCUCAAUGGUAGCAGCAUUCACAAGAUCAGAUGCAAAAGUUGACGCAAGUAGAGGUGGCCAAUUCAACCUUUAUGGAGGGCAGGUACAUGGAUAUUUCGAGGAACUCGUGCCAGAAAAAAAAAUUAGGCUAAGAUGGCGUUUAAAAUCAUGGCCCUCAGAACAUUAUUCAAAUGUAGUGAUAGAAUUGGAAGAAAUGAAAAACUACACUCAAAUGAAACUUAUACAAACUGGAGUUCCAGCUUCUGAGCACGAUGUAAUGAAAGCUAACUGGUAUCGAUACUACUGGCAUAGUAUUAAACAAACAUUUGGUUUCGGGGUUCCCUUGGCAGAUGUCUUAUAAACAUUUCCUAUCUUACAAAUAUGUAUACAUAAUUCUGAUUCACAAUAAUAUGAAAAUUGGAAUAGGAAACAAUAGUUGAUUUGGAUCAUACUUAUUUAAUAAAAUUAAUUACAUAUAAAAAAAA